AUGCAUAAUUUUCUUUGUAUUCGACCUUAUAAACAAGAAGAUACACCGUACUGCAAAGAACUAGCUGAAAAAUCUGUUAUGUCUUCAUUGAAUUCGAUAUACUCUAAUCUUAUGAUGACAAGUUUACGUUAUCAAAUUCUAUUUACGUUCUUUGUUAGCAAGUUAUACUGGCCGAAUAUUUCUUUUCCUUAUUGCUUAAUAUAUCCACUUAUUAUUGCAUUUGCGAUAUAUAUUACACUACAUGUACUAGCCUGGGAACUAGUUCAAGAUUUCCAAAAAGAUCUAUUUGAUGUUACACGGAACUACAACGAAAAUGGUGAUAAAUGUUUUUGGGUAGCUGUAGCAUAUAACUAUCGUCCGUUGAAUUGCUUUCGACCAUAUUUACAUUAUACAUGGUUAACCGAAACAGAAUUAGAAAAAUAUAACAUUAAUUUAUCCGAUCAUGAUAAAAAAAUAGUAGGUUUUAUUGGAGUGAAUAAAAAUGUUAGAUCUAAUAAUUCUGCUUCAGUAAAUGGAUUUCUUGUUCAUAAUGAUUAUGCUCGGAAAGGAAUAGGAACUCAACUCAUUAAAACUGCUCUUCAAUUUUGCGAUAAAAAAAAAUAUACACGCUUAAAUUUGCAAUUAUUUGAUUUGUUGACAGACGCUGAAAUUUUGUGUAAAAAAUUAGGCUUCGAAUACUAUGACACACAGUCAAUAUCUUUUUUUCCAAUAUUCAGAAAAAUAAAAAUAUAUGAAUACUCAUGUCUAACGGAUUUUGCUAAAUCUACACUCCAUAUUAAUUAUAGUGGAAUCCAUUAAUAUUGUUCAUUUAUUAGCUUAAGAAAAUCACGUUAGAAGAUUCGAAAAUUUGUCCGACGUUUA